AUGACAGGAAAACUGUAUCCUGGUCGGGUGAAAACCAAAAUCGUCCAGAAACACCAGAGAGGUUUCAGAGUUAUCCUCAGGUGUUGA